AUGUAUUAAAUAUAGGACAAAUCUGCAUAAGAGUAUUAGAGUUAUCUAAGUAAGCAUUUAGAGGACUCAAGAGCAAUGACCAGUCUCGUUUUUAAUUGUUUCAUAGGCUUAGAAAUAUGUAAAUUUUUUCUUUUUAUUCUAUAAAGGAACAAGAAUGUUCAGAACUAAUUAAGUUAACAACCUGAAUAAAAUUAAAGCAAGUAGGAUGACUCAAAAAUGAUAAAAAUCGAGACUACUCUACGAAGCACAGAAGAACAAAGCAAUUUAGAUACAUCUCCUAUUACUUAAUGCGAGGAUGGAUAGAAUCAAAGGAUAAAAAAUAAACUAAAGUCUUUGAUUGGACCAAUCUAAUAACGCUCAACCACAAAAAAUAGAUAGUUAACUUUACCUUACUUUUCGAAAAAUCAAUUAAAUAUUAAACCGAGUCAUUUUUUUGUGACAAAUCAAGAUUGUGAAAUUAAUCAAUCCUUAGAUAAUAACAGUAACAUCAACUCACUAAUACGAAACAAAUCAUCUAUGUUUAGUCGAGAAAUGAAGAGAAUUCGAAUUUAAACUGAAUGUUGA